AUGGCGACCUUCGCAGUGAUGAAGCCCACAGGCGCGACACGCACCCCUGAGCCCAAGCGCCGCCUGCAGACCACGAACGUUGUCGAUCGAAUACCGCCACCCCAGAGCGUGCGUCUCUGCAAGAAGAUCCUCGACGCAAUCGAGGAGGGCAAUCUAGAUGAUAGUCCAAAGCAGAAGUGUAUGUUACUCCGGACAGAAAUGAGAGCUCAUAACAUUCACGAUCGCGAACCAACCGCUUCCUACCUUGUCGAGAAGGCCCUGGGCCCAAACCCGGAGGCAAACAUCCGACUUACAGGUAUGGUGAUGCAAGAUAAGACCAUGACCCGUCAAACUGGCAUCUCCUCGGCGAGAUCCAUCCGACACUGCUACGACCCCUUCCACACCAAUGCCCUUGACCAGUUGACUGCUGACCUGAGCAUACUCGCGCCCCGUGAAGCUGAGGGCUACCUCCGCUUGGCAAAGGUUUUGCGCCUGCUGAUCAAGGCGAGGCUCGCUGUGUCCACAUACCAGCAAGGCAUCCACAUAAUCUCCCAG